AUGGCUACUUUUCGAGACAUCGCUGCUUGGGCCCAAACUCUCGCAGAAAUUGCCGCUGCCCCCACUGAAGCCACGAGGAAUAGUCCUCCGCUCGCGCAAGCACUUUCUUCUCUUCAAAAGAUUGGAUUUCAAGAUAUUGGCGGUGCCGUGGAAGCUUUCAAGAAACACGGUACCGCACUCAAAGAUUCGAUGGAAGCGACCUAUGCACAGAUGCCUCCAGAAAUUCGGAAUAAAGUGGAGAAGGUACAUGGUCGCCUCGUGGAUUCAAUUUCCUCCCCAGAAGAUAUGGAAUUCCAAGAACGCGCUGCCGACUGGACUACUGGUGUUGUUGACGCCUUCAGGAAACACGGUAUUUCGCUCAGAAGAACUGCACAAGCAGCCUAUGCAGACUUGCCCCCUGAAUUUCGUGAUGAGGUCGAGAAGGCGCAUGCAAGAGUCUAUCAAAUCGAAUGGAACAAACUAGCGGUGGACAUCCAAAUUUGGAUUAAGGCACAUCCAUACCAAACAGCAUUUUAUGUUGUGAAUGGAAUCGUAUUCUUUGCUCCAGCUGCAUCUAGUGGUCCGAUUCUAUGGGUUUUAGGAUUUUCGGGCAAAGGUCCAAGGGCUGCUUCAUUUGCAUCGAUCUUACAGAGAAAAUAUGGCACGGUCAGUGCGAAGGACGUAUAUGACCAUGCUCAAAGUGCUGUCAUGGGAGGUCAUGGAGCUACCGCUGUAAAUAUAGUAACAAAACUUUUUGUUGCUGCAAGUAGUCUUUUUGGUGAGAUGUGGGGAUCGCGGAAUGCAGGUAGGAAAUUUACUGCGAAGCUGUGA